AUGUUCUCUUUGUUUGGUACGUCGUGUCUGGCUCAUUGUCUCUCCUCCAUUUUCGAAGGACUCUACAAAAACCCACUGAAAAGUUAGCUUUCUCUGAUAUUAUUCUCCCCCCCUUCCCUCGUUCCCAAUUUGCAGAGGCAUUUGGGUCCUGGGAUCAAUAGAUAUAUAUGAGUGCUUGAUUCUUCUGCCCUUUACUGUUGCUCACCUGUACAGGGCAAAUUUCCCACGCCUUCGACAAUGUCUGAUGUUCUAUGUCCAAACCCAGCAUCUGAUAGUGAUGCCUAUGAGGAAGAAAAGAAGACCAGAAUGGGAUCGUUGAGGAAGGCAGCUAUCAGUGCCUCCAACAAAUUCAGGAAUUCUUUGUCAAAGAAAGGUAGGAGGAGCAGUAAAGUAAUGUCCGUGGAAAUUGAGGAUGUGCAUGAUGCAGAGGAGUUGCAGGCUGUUGAUGCCUUACGUCAGGCACUUAUAUUGGAGGAACUGCUGCCAGCAAAACAUGAUGAUUAUCAUAUGUUGCUCAGGUUCUUGAAGGCCAGAAAAUUUGACAUUGAGAAAACAAAGCAAAUGUGGUCUGAUAUGCUCCAGUGGAGGAAAGAAUUUGGUACAGACACAAUUAUGGAGGACUUUGAGUUCAAGGAACAGAGUGAAGUAGUGGAAUAUUAUCCCCAAGGGUACCAUGGAGUAGAUAAGGAAGGACGACCAGUGUACAUAGAGAGAAUAGGCCUAGUAGAUGCUACCAAGCUCAUGCAAGUGACAACCAUGGACCGCUAUCUCAAAUACCACGUAAAGGAGUUUGAGAGGGCCUUUGAUGUUAAGUUUCCAGCUUGCUCUAUCGCAGCCAAGAAGCACAUUGACCAAAGCACAACCAUCUUGGAUGUGCAAGGAGUGGGUCUUAAAAGCUUCACCAAAGCUGCAAGGGAACUUAUCACUCGUCUUCAGAAGACUGAUGGUGACAAUUAUCCUGAGACCUUGAACCGCAUGUUCAUCAUCAAUGCAGGUUCUGGAUUUAGAAUGUUGUGGAACUCUGUCAAGUCUUUCCUUGAUCCUAAGACCACAGCCAAGAUCCAUGUUCUUGGCAACAAAUACCAGAGCAAGUUGCUUGAAAUAAUUGAUGCUAGUGAGUUGCCAGAAUUUUUUGGAGGUACUUGCACUUGCGCUGAUCAUGGAGGCUGCAUGCUUUCUGACAAGGGCCCAUGGAAGGACCCAGAGAUCUUGAAGAUGGUUCAAAAUGGUGAACAUAAAUGCACAAAGAAAUCUCAGGCUCAAAGCACUGAAGAGAAGACAAUUUCUGAGGAAGAGACCAUGCUCUCAAAGUCUACUCAUGCCUGUGACUCCUCGGAUGUUGAGGCAGCUUCAGAUGCAGGAAAUAAACAAUCUCUUUCCUCUGAACAUUCAACAAAUGAUAUUGAGCGUCCGGAACUCUCUCCUGUUAAAGAAAAAGUACAAAUGAACCAACCUGAGAAAUGUGUCCCAGUGGUUGAUAAACCUGUGGAUUUAGCUUGUCAGGACAAAAUGCAGAAUGAAAAUUUUGCUGCCCUAUCAAAAGAUUCUUAUGCUAUGCAAGAAAGUGGCAAGGUUCCUGAUGGGCUUAGCUCUCAUCUUUUCACUGGUGUCAUGACCUUUGUUAUGGGUAUUGCCACCAUGAUCAGAGUGACACGCAACAUGCCCAGGAAGCUCACUGAUGCCAACAUCUACUCCAGUCCUGUUUACUGUGAUGACACAGAUGUUAAGAGCCAGGAACCUUCAGACAACUUAACCCCAGCAGCCAUCUCCAUUGCUGAAUUGAUGUCUGUCAUGAAACGUAUGGCUGAGCUGGAAGAGAGAGUAAGUGUUAUGAACAUGAAAACUACAACAAUGCCCCCGGAGAAGGAGGAGAUGCUGAAUUCUGCACUAAACCGGGCUGAUGCCUUGGAGCAAGAGCUUAUGGCAACUAAGAAGGCUCUAGAAGACUCGUUUGCUCAACAGCAAGAGCUCGUGGCAUAUCUGGACAAAAAGAAGAAACGGAAGAAGAGGACUUUGUUCUGGUGAAGAAAGAAAAGCUGGAUGCUGACAGAUGCUCAGGAAACAGGCGGUGGGGUAAUUCAUUUUUAGAAGGCGGCCACACCCCCUCACCCCAAAUGCACUCUAGUCUAACAUUCCACUCAUGAAAUGCAACUGAAAAAGUUUUGUUCAUAUAUAAAUUUCAUUUGAAUCGGCCUGUAUAUAUCAAUGUACAUAUCAAUAUAAAUGUUGGCAGGCACGUGUUUGAUAAUAUAUUUUUAAUGUCCCUCAAAAGGAGGAAAUGAAAGUCCCCUGGAUGCAUGCACGGGAUAUAUAUCAA